AGGGAGCAUUCAUUGAUUUUUAUUAGUGUGACGUGUAAUGGCUGCGGAGUCAAAACAUGGCAGCCCACAGUAGAAGCCGAGCAACUUGGACACAAUGGGGUUCAGUAUUUACGGUUGUUUUUGUCUUGGCGACAACAGUUUUAUCACAGCAGCCGAUUAUUCCUAAAAAGAAGCUUUGUGGGGACAAUGAGUGCAAAGAGACCAUAUCUUUAGCCAGAGCUCUGAACAGAUUUUCUGGGGGUGAUCACCCUCUACAGUUGUCGUUUAAAGCAGGACAACUCAUCUAUGUCAAGAGCAAGUCUGUAGAGGAAAACUUGUGGGAAGGAGAGGCAGACGGACAGACAGGUUACUUUCCUAGAAGUUUUGUGAAAGAGUUCAAGGUUUAUGUUGAGAAGCCGCGGUUUGAGAUUGAAACAGAGGGGAAUCCUUUUGACAAGAUUGGGAGACAAGCCCCACCCCCACGAGACAGAAGGCCUCGAGAUCCCGCUGAAGGUUCUCCCCCACCCCCAGAGCAAGUAGAACCCUCAGGGAAAGAGCCAGAGAAACGUGAUGACGCGCCCGAGACACAUGAUGACACGCCUGAGAAUGGUGAUAACACACCAGACAGCCAACGCGAUGGUGCUUCCGACAGCCAGACUGUGCCAGUGGUGGACACAGCUCCCACAGAUGAUGGAUCGGAAAAGGAGUCGGGCAAGAACUCUGGGAUCCCCAGUCCUGAGACACACGACGGUGCUGACAAACCAGAGGAAAAACUUGUGGGCAAAGAGGAAGAAGCAGAGGAAAAGACAGCGGAGGCUGGUGACCGUUCGGCUGAUUCCAGUGUGGACAGGGAUGAGACCGAGCUGGAGGAGGAUGAGGAGGAUGAGGAUGGUGAUGAAGAACAACCAGAAGAGUUGAAUCCUGAGAUUGACGCCUCGCAGUGGGAGGAGCUUGAAGACACAGAGUUUGAGGAGGAGCGCGACAGAGGAGACACUGCAGGUUUUUUCUCUGGUUUCGUUGAUUCCGUCAAAGAUCUGAACCGAUUCCUGAAAGACAAGUUGUCGAGCGGAGACAGUGCGAAAGACUCGGUGGGGGACUCGCAGGUCAAAGACUCCGAGCAGGGUUCCGACAAGGCUGACGAAUCAGGAGCAGCAUCUACAGAGGCGGGGCAAGAGGCAGGGCAAGGGGUGGGUCAAGGGGCAGGGCCUCAGCAGCCUGAGGUUGUGAGAGAGCCAGUGGUAGAGGAGGAAAAAGUGAAAGAGGAGAAGACAAAGGAAAACGUAAAAGAGGAUACAACAGAUGAGACUGAGGUGGAGGAUUCUGAGGAAGAUGAAUUUGAUGAGACGGACAUGGAAGAUGAUGAGGAGGGAGAUGAAACUGAGGCAGAUGAGGAGGAUGAUGAAAAGGAUGAAAAGGCUGAAAUUGAGGAGGGGAAAUACGAAGAGAACAAUGAGAAGGACAAGAGGACAGAACCUGAAGAUACUGAAGAUAGAGAGAAGGAGGAAAAGUCUGCACCUGAACAUCGUGACAUACCUGGACAGCAGGAAGGGGACACGGCUCCUAAAGACAAAGAGGACGAGACAGACCAAGGUGACGACGAUGACACAUUGCCCAGUGCUGAUGUCACUGACGAUCACAGCGGUACGGGUAAAAAACAGGAAGAGGAUAAGGUCAAGGAUAUCAAGCAGGAAGGGGAGGAGCCUGAGGACAAGGGUGGGUCUUCAGAGCACAGCGACUCUCAUCUCGGAGACAGUCAGAAGGAGGGAGAGAUGGACCAGGCCAGAAGUGGAGCAGAUAAAAUGGCAAUGGGAGACAGUCCGUCUGGAGGUGAGUCCACGGAGGAUGAAGCAGCUGAACCAAAGGAGAAUGAGGAGUCAAAAGAGAUUGUGGGUGAUGACAAGAGUGCUGCUGCAGGAGAGAAGACAGAGGGAGAUAAAGGAGAGGGGGAUGGACAGAAGAGUUCCCACCAGCCAGCAGACACACUGCAGUUUAAAUCUGAGAAAACUAUGGAGGAGGCUGAUAAAGAAGAAAGGUCAGAAGGUCGCGAUGGGGAGGUGAAGGAGGAGGAAGGUGUUCCCGACUCUGGUUCUGAGCCGGCAGACGCUGGGAAUGUCGACUCUCGCGAUCUUCCUGGAUCUAGGUCAGUGGGCUCGCAAACAGACAGUACCAACGUGCAGCAAGAAGAUGUAGCUGAGGAUGGAGAAAAUGUUGCGGAGGUAGAGAAGAAAAAGGAGGAGGAGGAAAAGAAAGAGGAAGUGGAGGAGAAAAAGAAAGAGGAAGUGGAGGAGAAAAAGAAAGAGGAAGUGGAGGAGAAAAAAGAGGAGAUGGAGAAAAAGGAGAAAGUUGAAGCUCCUGCAGAUGUUAAGGAACAAGGACGAGAGUCGGAUAGUACAGAGGGGCAACAUGUCGGCAGAGAAAUUUCUGAACAUGAGGGAGAAAAAUCUGAUAACUCUACGCCUGAGAAGGCACAGGAUGAAGGCGAUGGUAAACCUGAUGGGGCAGCUGCCGGCGGGGAGAGAGAUUCUCCUGUAGACAGUAAGUCAGGUGAGGGCAAAGUCGUUACGGAGGGUGAGGAUGCUGAGGGUGGUCUGAAGGCUGACCUCUUUGGAGAGGUUGACCCAAUGCAGGACAGCAUAGCAGACCUGGACAACUGGCAGCGAGACGAGACGCAACCAAUCCUCGACGGCUUCAGCAAUUUCCUCCACGGCAGCCGGACUCCUCCCAAAGCAAACGUCGCUGAGGCUGCUGCCGACGGUGCUGCGGAGACGCCACAGUUGGAGGUCCCCCCAUCCACCGUCAGUCCCGCUGAUCUUGCCAGCGAGGUAAUUUCUCCCGCCUCGGAAAUUGCCUUCAGUAAAACAGAAUUACCCGAAGCUGACAAUACGGGGGAGGGAGAGAAAUCAGGUGGGGAAGUUGGAGAAGGAGAUGGUUUUGAAACGAUCGUUGAGGGUGGUACCUCCCUUGUACUGGACAGUGCCGGCAACAUGAUCUCGGUAGUCUUGCCCACAGAAGACGCCAGCUCUGAAACAGAAACUGUGGGUUCCAACACUGCCGCAGGGGAGAAGAUACCGCAGUCGCCCGUGGUGGUCGAGAGUUUGUCGGGACCCCCUAGUUCAACGGCAGCACCCGUGGAGCCGACACAAGUUGAGACGUCGUUGCCUUCUGCUGCAGUACAUGGAGACUUGGAGACGGAGAAAAUAAACACACCCGAGGUUGGCGGGUCUGUAGACGGGUCACAGCAUGAGAGAAAUGCGACUGAUGGGGGGGAUGUGUUACCGGACGAUGGAAGCCCGUCUCUGGAUGGGAACCUGGCCCGUGAUGCAUAUGGGAACGUGGAGUUCAGCAGCCGGAAGGUUCUCUCUCUGAAUCAGCCAGGAUCAGCUUCAGCACAGCAGCAGCAGCAACAACAGCAGCAACAACAGCAGCCACAGCAGGGACAGGUGUCGGUGGAAGCGACGCCUUCAGUUCCUGUGGCGUCAGCGACAGAGCGAGUGGACGACCUCAUGUCAGACAAUGCUGCGACCUCUGACCCACAACCUGGGGAGGGGACGGGAGUGGAACAGCCAGCUGGCACAGACGAGCAGUUCACAGGGUCACCACAAGGCUUGAAUGAAAAUGCGGAGACUUCCACCCAGCCGUCCACCGGGGACUUUGGAGAGAUCCCUACGCCUCCCCUCCCAACUGAGUCACGACAGCCGCCCGACGGGGCUGAAGGUCAAGGCCAAGAGGACUAUGACACGGAGGUGGUCUACUCCCGCCGCAUCAACGACGAGGAUCUGUACGCCCGCGAGGAGGAAGAGCUGGCCAAAAACGCGCCCGGGUUUGCCUCUAGUGUCAUGAAGUCGCUGGAUUCCUUCACCAAACAGAUCAUUGAGAAGCUGCCCCCGUCUGUCCAGUCACUGCUAGAGCAGGAACCGCUGGGGCUCUCACCCAACAUGGCCGUGCUGGUUACCAUGGCGACGCUGGUGAUUUUCGUGACCGUCAGUCUGACCUCGUGUUGCUCGUCGGGUGGCAAGAAGAAAAAACUCCGAGACUCUCUUGAGGUGAUCCAAGAGCUGGAAGCCAAGCUGCAGCUGGCCAUCAAGGAGAAGGAAAACAUUGAGGACAAGAUACAGGGCAACGAUGAUGAGCUGCUGUCAGAAGCGGAGGACUGGAAGGAGAAGGUGAGCGACUUGAAAGAACAAGUGGAGCAGAGAGACGAAGAGUUCAAACAGAUGCAGGAGAAUGUGGCCUUCAAGGAGAAAGAAGUGGAGAUUUUGAACGACUGCUUCCUUCAGCUCAAGUCCUUUGAGGGUGAAGACGCUGACCAGGAAGAUGAAAGUCCAGAGCGCAUGCAAGAGAAGUUGAAAGCCAUGACGGAUGUGUCAAAGGUGAACGCUUCUCUGAAGGCUGUGGAGGAGGAGAAAGACGUACUGUCCAACAAACUGACCAUUGAGCUGGAGGCUCGUCGGGAGCUGGAAGAACAACUGGAAGGCUCACGUCGCAGCGUGGAGAGCAGCAUGGCCGACAAGAUGAAGGCGGAGAGACAGUGUCAGGAGGCACAGACCAAGCUCAACGUGCUCUCUUCUUACUUCAAGGAGAAGGAGAUGCAGCUACAGAGGGAGCUGGGAGAACAGGAGGCCUUGAAGAAACAGAACCUCAACAAACUGGUGUCGGCCGACGAGACGACGCGCUCCAUACAGCAGGAAGUGGAAGUGUUACGGACCCAGACAGAGAGCCUGAAGCGAGAGCUGUCGUCAUCGGAGAGAGACUUCAGAGGACAGAUCGCAGCUAAUGAGAAGAAAGCUCACGAGAACUGGCUGGCAGCCAGGGCAGCGGAGCGUGAGCUGAAGGAAGCGCGACACGAGGCAGGCAUGCUGAGACAGAAACUGACAGACUUGGAGCGGCGCCAGGUGAUGGGUCCCGGCGGGUUGAUACGACCGCUGCCCACUAGAGGAAUGCCACCCCCAGGUAUGCUGAACGGACCCCCGAUGCCGCCCCCAGGGGGCCCCGGACCAGGACCCAAUGGUGUGUUACCUCCCUUGCCUCCGCUCCAUCUCAGAGACCGGGACCGUGACGAUGACUUCCUGGCCUCCCCGCGGUCUGACCGAGGGCCCCUGCCUCCUCCCCCGAUGGACCGCCGCGGACCCCCGAUGUUGCCCCCCGGCAUGAGGCCCCCACCCCCUGACGCCCGCUCUCCCCCUCCCCGCAUGCCCCCGUACGGAGACGCCCGCUCCCCACCGCCUCGUAUGCCACCACCAGGGAUGCUUGAUGGACGAUCCCCGCCACCGUACGACCGCCGCCCGCCCCCACCACACAUGAUGGACAGGAGGAGCCCGCCGUUCCGACUCCCUCCCCCCGACAUGCUCCCACCACCCAUGAGAGGAGGCCCCCCACCACCACCCCACAUGGCCCGCGGUGGGUCAGGGUCUCCCUCGAUGGGGCGAGACUCCCCACGCGGGAUGGAGCCGAGACCAGAUGGACGCUAUCCGUUGCCUCCGUAUGCCAGGAACCUGCCAGGUGGGUCAGACAAACCAUCACCAAGACAAGGAGGCCCCACGUCGCCACGGCAACAACAGAGUCAGGUGUGAGAUGAGGUGUGACAUAGUGUCAACAAAAUGGUUUUCUUUUGUUGUUGUGUUUCUAGGGUUGGGCAAGAUGUACAUAUUUUUGUCUACCAUUUCGAAUAUCCAAAAGUAUGAUGAGAUGAUUUGUGUGCGAGAGUGAAUAGUUUAGUUGGGUUUCUUUGUUAUAUCACCUGCAAUGGGUUUAUCUUCUUUGCCAAAAACCAUCAACAAAAAAGAGAAAGUUGAAAGGUCAGUGUAUGUUGUGCAGGUCAAUUCUGCUUCAGUCGUCUGGAUGCUAAAAAGAGGUGACCUUGACCUGGAAGUUAGCCGUUGGAAAAUGUAUUUGUUAAUUUGUUAAAAUGUCUUGUUUUAAUGAUUUGUUGCAUGGUUUGUUAACCUGUUCAAAGAAUAAGGAAUAGAUCUUUAUUUAUGCGCAUGUGAUAGUCAGACUGUUCCAUUUUCUCUUCUGCAGUCGUAUUUUUGAAUGGUAUCAACUCUUCAUGAUUUAUUUGGUUUUUUUUUAUGGUGUGGAAGGUUUCUUGUUGUAACCAUUUCUAUUUUCUCGAUUGAUAGAUGUAAUUAUACCUCGUUCCAGGUUUGGGUCCUUAUGUUUUUUCUUCCAUUUUUUUUUCUUCUUAGUUUGAUGAACAAUCACAAUUUAAAUGAUCACUGAUGGUAGAUGUGUAUGUGUUGUCUUGAAGUUUAAGAUUAUACUUUAGAGCCCUGGUGUCUGGGUGGGAGCCGAGCAAUGUGGUCACGAAUGCAUCUUGAGAGUUCUGCGUUUCAACUUGAUGUUGAUUCAGAUGUGUAGUCAGCAGUCUUUCAAAAGAUUUUGUUUGUUACAAUUACAAAAUCUUAAUUUGAAUAUAUAUAAAGUUCAUUUGAGAAAAUUAUAUAUAUUUUAUAUAUAUCAUUCAAUAGAAGCUGCAAUGCUAUUAUUGAUGUGUAACUUGUAACAUUGAUUUAUGAAAAGACAGCAAAUCUAAUUCAAAUUUCUAUGAGUUUGAUUGGUGGAGUAGAAUAAAUUCAAUCUAAAGUAAGCCUAGAUCUACUAUUUUUCGUGAAGGGAGGGUUUGCUGUAAGAUUUAUCUAAGAUCAGGCUCUUUGCUAAUGAUGUCUUGAUCAAAUCUGUACUUAUGCAUGUCAUUUUGUCAUUCACAAAUCACUCGACAUAUUGUUACUUUAUGACGUGCAAGACCUCCUCUCGUGUUUUAUCAUUCUGUUUUCCUGUCUGAGAAAGAGAUAUUUACCGCUUUCGCAACAUUCUAAUUCGGUUCUUUUGGAAUGUUAUACACUGCACAGUCAUUUUGUGGAAGCAAGACGGACUGUUUUGUGUGAGGAGGGGUGUGUGUAUGGAUGUGCUGCAUCUCUAUGAUUUUGAAAGCAUUUGUCAUCCCCCGUGACGUUAUUUUCUACGGUGCAGUGUGUUCCUCUUCCGUUUUGAGCCAGAAAUAUCUCUCUAUACAGAAUGUUUUCCUGUGGAAAAAUUUGCCAUGUUAUGUUGUUUGAGAGAUGCUCGUACCAGAUUGAGAUAAUGUGGUGGUGUAAUGGUUAGCCUCUGCCUAGUUUUGCCUAGGAUAAUGUGUGAGUGCGUCUGUGUGGUGCCUGGAACCGGCCGGGUAGGUUAUACAAUACCACUACUCACAAUCCUGGUGGUGAUGAUGCUAGUCACAUGCGUCCUGAACAUCGUCACGAUAUGUUUUUGUGUCAGUUCCUUCCUUGUUGCUGGACAUAUUGUUAUGUAGAGUAGGGAGAUCUAUGCGCUGGACACAUGCUAUGUAAUUUAUAGAAAAAUCUUGAUGACCAUAACAUGUCCGAAGAUUAAUGUGAUUGCAUUUGUUUUCAAAAGAACUGCCAUUGAGCACAGAAAACUC